AUAUGAUAGACCAACCACCAUAGUUACUCCGCCACGUAAAAUUUCAUGAAAUCGGUGAUCCUGCCGUCAUAUUUGUUCAGCAUUGGGACCUGUGCACACACAUUUACUUAAUUAAUUUCCAAAAAUAUUUAAUCAAUUCAGUAACCAUGCAAAUAUCUCCGUCCGCCAAAUUAAGGCUGUUAUUCGUUUACAUCAUAACCGGAAUAAUUUUAGGGUUGCCAUUCAUAAUUUAUGACUACCCGCAAGAAACGUGCCUCGUGACGAGUAAAUUUCCAAAGGAUCAGAAUAGCGAAGAAGAAACAAGAAAAUACAGGAAAUCGACAACUUUGAGUAAAAGUGCGAUCGCGCAGAAGUUGUUUGAAAUAAUUGGUCAGUGGCAGAAUGGGGUCGUGACAUACACGGACGAGAGUGAGGAGGUCAACGACUACGUGGACAAUGAGGUCCAAGGCUAUAACAAUGAAACCGUUCCGGACGAUUGUGACCUGAGUGAGAUUGAGAAAUAUUCACCGUUUCUUGUGAGUGAUGAAGACGUCAGGAAUAGUGUGAAUGAAUGGCUGGGGAAAAAUGGGAAGCCGACAAUCCUGAACCGCGUUCGUCUCACCAGAAUCGGAUAUGGGAACGAUUGGUUCCAACUUUUGUGCGCAAGCGUGGUUUUCGCGACGUUCGGGAUGCUAUGGGAAGGCCACUCGUUCCACGGAUGGGCACAGUUCUACUUCGUCUCUCUCGAACUGAUGCAACGGGUGGUGAACAUUGUCCAAACGACGACUUUUCACUGGGACUUUGCCUCCGUCCUCUUCAGUGACCAUCACCCCCACUACCUCCAAUACUGCGCGUUAGUUGACCUAUUCCGGUAUUACAUCCCCCUGUCGCAACUGUUCUGCUUAACCGCUCUCACCUACGAUGUGUAUCGAACGUUUGGGAAUGACACCCUUGUCCCGGAUAAGCGCAGGGACAAGCGAUACAUACACUUCGCCCUGUUUGGCGUACUUCUCCCCGCUUUUUAUACAAGUCUUGGAUUCAUUCUGCAUAAAAUAGCGACGUCGGGAAGCUAUCUUUGUCACCCAUCGUUCGAAACAUUGUCAGACCUCUUGCUCUACCUGGUUUAUCCGUACUCGCCUAGUGGGAUUUUGAUCCUUUUGAACAUUUACUUCAUCUCGUGUACUCAAAGAGAACUUAGGAAGAUUAUGAGGGAAUGCCGCGUUGUAAGAAGACAAUGUACCAGGUCAAGCUUCAAGCCAACUUAUAGGUUGAACCUCUACUUGAAGUUGUUAUGGGCAUUGUCUAUCCUGACGGUCAUUUUGCGCCCAUUUUCUCGAACAAUGAUGGCAUUCGGAGUACAUUUGGAACGAUACGAUGGGGGCUAUUCAAACAUAGUUUUGUACAUCGUGUCCCGUACACACAGCUGCAUCCUACUUCUGGUCAUGUGCAAUGAUUCUCCUACACGGGCCAGAUUGGAAACAGUGGAACUAAAUUUGAUGAACUCCCUUCAGAAAAUAAAUGCGCCCCAUGGAGAAGAGAAAUUGGUCAAUUUGAUGUUCAAAAUGCGUCAAUUGCUUGCCUCCUGUGGAAUCAAGAUGAGAUUGAUUGUGACGAAAUUUCUGCUUCAUUUGUAUAAAGGGUUAAGGUUUCGAAUAUGCUGUAAAUUUCGCCAACGAGACAAGGCUUCAGUCUAGAUGAUGUAGUUAAAUAUAUUUUAAUAUUUAGUAUGAUUAUUAGGGUUGCCGCGGGUAGCGAAAAUGCUACCCGUUACCCGACCCGUUACCCGCAGCACAAGUACCCGUACCCGCACGGGUACCCGUGCGGGUACCCGUUACCCGCUACCCGUUAUGAGAAUUAAGAAAAAUCUAACCCAACUUCAGAAUAAAUUUGAUUUGAUCAAUUAUUUGUUCGUUUGGGUUGACACAUAUGUACUAUGCGAUAAUGCUAUGCAAGUAAUGCAUGAAAUAAUUUGCUCGUAGAAGCCACUCGUUAAUUUUGAAACCAAACUUUUUGGCUUACAUUGGAUCGUUUUUCAAGCUAUACCGGUAUGAAGCAUAUUGCUUAGCGAUUUAUAUAUAUCAAAGAAUUCAGCCAAAAAAAUUGGAAUUAUAUGACACUUAUUUUUCCGUUGAAUGACCCGCUUAAAGGAAACUAUUGGAGGGCAGAGUUCAAAGUCCAGCAUGGUUUUAGUCCAGUGGAGGAAAAAGAUACAGAACAUUUAUUUAAAACUAAACUUUGCCGCUAAUAUUAUACUUUGAAUGGGUCAUUCAACGGAAAGGUAAGUGUCGCGCGAUUCCUAAUUUUUAGCUGACUUUUUGAUAUACUCCCUGGGCAAUCUUGGUAUAGCUAGAAAACGGUUCAAUUUUUAGUUUGACUUUUUCAAAUUUUAAUUUAAAUGAAGCUUUUGUUCAAAAAAUUGUCUACAAAUAAAUUUUUUGCUUUCAACCGGAUUCAGGUUUUUCAUCUUCAACGCACAAAUUAAAAUCUCGUCAGUCUUACAUACAUAAAUACACACAAAUGCAAGUCAAAUUAUUACUGAUAUUUUAGAGGAGGCAAAUUAUGCUUCAGAAGCAAUAAUUUCUCCGCAUUUUUGGGACGUGAAAAGCAUUUGAGGCUGCGUGGGGUUCUGUGACCUCCUAAAGAAACUCUCGUUAUUAUAAACGCCGCUUGCUGGCAAAUGGCAAGUGACAAGUUUUGAAAUGGAUAAAUAAUAAAUUACCGCUUUUGUUGGUAAAUGGACCAACUUACUGCUAGCUUUCUUUGUGAACUGAUUUACGUCGAAAAUUAAAUAAAAACUGAACUACCCGUUACCCGUGCGGGUAGUUCUCGCUACCCGCAGAUAACGGGUACCCGCAAGAAUCGUGCGGGUAUGCGGGUAACGGGUACCCGACCCGUUACCCGCGGCAACCCUAAUGAUUAUGUACUCAUUUUGAUCGUAGUCACGAAAUGCCUCAGUGUUUUGCAUGACAACUCAUUUAGCAAGUAGUUUUCGAAUGUUCUCAACACAUUGUAGCAAGUUUGCAAACAAAAACAAGAUGAUUUUCCAGUUAAAAGUUUCCCCAGGUCUCGCAAAUUUCGUGAAACUUUGCAGUUAGUAUGCUAUUUGUAAGCUAUGUCAAGGUUGUCGUGACUAUAUUAUGCCCAUUAUUUUUUAUGGAAUGAUUGAUAAUAAAUGUAUUUUAAUUAUAAGUGAAAAUUUUUACAUGAAAAAAUAUUAAAUAUACAACUACUUAUUAACAGA